AUGAUCGUGCUGUUCUUCGUCGUGAUGGCGAACUACGUGUCCCUGCGAAGCCCUGGAGAGCCGGAACAGACGGUGCUGGAAGGGCAACGGUCCGGUAUCGUUAGCGAGCUGACGGCGGUGUCGGCGGUCGUCGAAGCGGCCGCAUCUUCCAAGUCCACCAACGACAGUGACACCUUCGCCGGGAACCUGCAGGCCACGGUUCAAUCGAAAGCCGACCCGGUUCAGAAACGGCUCUCCGAGGAGGAGGAACUAGUGGAGGAGGAAGUUGAAGAGGAGGAGGAAGUAGUGGAAGAAGAAGAAGUGGAGGAAGAGUCGGACGGAGAACUUGCGGCCGCAAAGCCUGUGGUGGUCGCUAGUGAAACGCACGAACCGAAGCCCGUCACCGAGAAGGAAGAGCAACCGCCAGCCUCAGCGAUCGAAACGAAACCAGCCGCGUCCGAGGACACUCCUGCCACAGCAUCGCCCGGGGAGGCAAAGCCCGGGGACGUGGAGUCCACAGGAGCGACGAGCGACGGAGGCGACACAGCAGCAUCGACGACGACGACGACGGAUUCCAAAGACCAUGGCGAGAAACCGUCGGUGCCACCGCAGACUUAUCUCUGGGAGGAGGUCAAGAAGUCCAAGGAACAGGGAGGCUACCCGUGGACGCAUCUGUACAAGGACGAGUGUGAGAGUGGAACGGAGCAAGGAGAACAGCAGCAGAAAGCAGACCAGACCGCAGACGAAGAAACCGUCCGGAUGGAAAAGACGGUGCACCAGAACGGUCAUCACGUUGACGGGACAACCGGUGAUGAUUCCGUUGCCAUCGAGGUCUCGAAUGGACACUGCGCCGAACAACCGACAGCCACUGGGGUAGGUGAGGCUCCCAGUACCGAGUCUCCUCGUCGAAGCCGGAAGCGGGCCGCUUCACAUGAACCCGAAACAUCCCGCCGUCCCGAGGGACGGCACUCGGUGAAGGACGAGAUCAAGCACUUCCUCGACGAGCACCCGGCGCUGCGGAACUUCAGCAACAGUCUCACCCGGAAGGGUAAGCGGACGCGAACGUUCGUGAGCCGAUCGCUCGAGCGCGCCAAGUCGAUGGCCGAUCGGAGUAUCGAUCGGGCGCGGGUCCAGGUCACGAACACGCUCCGCCGGAAGAAGGCCGCUUCGGAGCCGCCCGAGAGCUCCCGGCAGAAGAUCCUUAACCUGCGCGAGUCGCCACGGCUCAACAAUCGCGAAAUUCCGGCCUACAUCGUGCGGCAACCGAGUGACGAAGUGGUCGACCGGGAGGAAACGAUCGUGAAGGUGACGGUCGAACCGGACGUGGUACCAAGUACGGUCGUGGUGCCGGACGAAAUCAUUCCGAUUCCGUCGCCAUCGGCCAUCAAACCGAUGGAAGUCACGGAGCCGGAACCGGAACCGGUGAUGGUUGUGGAAGUGGCCGCACCGACCACGGCCGUACCUCCGCCGGUGGAGGACGAUCGGUAUGAAGUGAUCGAAGCACCGACUGAAGCCGCCAGCCGCCAGGUGGUCCCGGUUCCGGAAUCACCGAUCGUACCCGUGAAGGCGAUGGCACCACAGAAGGCUCCGCGAAAGAAGAAAGACCACCACUACGAGGAUAUCGAGGACUACAAGCCAUCGGAGGUGGAAGAGGACACGGCGCCAGCGGAUGCGAAACUGAAGCGCCAGGAGCACAUCCAGGAGGGUGUGGAUCCGAUUCUCGGUGAGAUGCUGGGAAACGAGAAGAUCAAAAUAUCGCUGCAGCUGCAGGACGAGAAGUUCGUCGACGACAUGUUCGGCCGACGGAAGCACCUGGACGAGAUUCUGCAGCAGUCAUCGGAGGAAGAGCGCGAACCGGUUAAGGCACCGAUCGGCAGCAAGGGACUGCUGGCUCCGAUCUCUUCCGUCGACUCGACGUCUUCCGACGAGGAAGCCAGGCGUACCGCGCUGUCGACGUUGGCUGAGGAAAGUGACACCGGCAGCGUCGAUGGUGGACCUUCGCCCGCCAAGAAGCAGGACUCGCUGAAGGAAACCCUGGACCUACCGACGGUGGCCGAGUGCAGCAAGGAGCUGGAGUUGACACCGGCCGAAGAGCACCUUCUUGCGGAGCGGGAACAGCCAGAGCAACCGCAGCCAGAGUCAUCCGCCGGGGCGCAAACUCCGGUGACUACCGAAACGGACCAAUCGAAGGUUGACACUCGCUGGUCAAAAAUGAGCGGAGAGUCGGUUAAUCGGUCCGUGGCAGACGAUCGCCCGUUACUAGACGCGACCAAGUUACUAAGAAUAACCGGCCACACGACAACGACCUGUUCCCCGCUAUCCGCAAGUGAUAGUGACAGCAGUGCCACAGCCCUGAACGCACAGCAGCGUCCGUCGCUGCUGGCCCGCUACCAACCGAAGGGGGGCUCACAGGAUCCACUAGGCACCCCGGCCGCCCCGGUCGGGGACAAUCCGGUGCACCCGAUCACGAAGUCGACGAGCCAGCGAAGUCUCCAGAACUCGUCGCUACUCCAGCGCUAUCAGCCGAAACCGCUGGGAGCUGCGGCCACCACCGGUCGAACACCGAGCCAGCGUAGCCUGGACCAAUCGAGGCUGCUGCGCCGUUACUACCAGCCGCACUCGCUGGAUGAUGGCCAGUCACCGGCCAGCCCGUCAACACCGGCCGACUCCACGCAACUGCUGCAACAACCGACGCAACCGCAACGCUACAGCAGCCAGAAGAGUCUCGAGGGCUCGAAGCUGCUGCAGCGCUACAGCAACACGGUCAACAAUUCGCAGGAGUUUACGGGACUGUCAGGGCGCGAGAGUACCCCGGUGGCGGGUUUCGCCCGUGCCGCCAGCCUGGAACCGGAGCGAAGCGUCCAGCGAUCGUCGCUGCUGUCAAAGUAUACGCCCCGGUUUGGUAAGUCACUCGAUCGGAACCAGGUGCCACCGCCGGCGGCGGCGGCUGCUGCGGGUUACGGUAGCCAGCAGCAUCUGCCCCAGCGUACGGUUCCGGAGCGAGCGGCCCAGAGUUUGGCCUCAUCCCGGGCCGAAAUUGCCGACUACGGAGCGGACCAUUUCGAUCAGUACAGGGACAGUGCCGUGCGUAGCCGCUCCUCCAGUGUGUCCCGCGGUGGACCGACCCCGAAGAAAGGUGGUUCCUUGCCACGGGGCUCACUCCGUAAGCUUCCCGCAGUGGACGCGGAGUGGGCCACGCCGGUCACACCGGAAACGCUGCCGAUGGUUGGUGCCGUCGAGGAACCGGUUGUUGGCAGCAUUGCGUCCGCGAUGCCCCUCCCGAUGGUGAGCGUGAUCCCACCGACACCGGCCAUCGGGACGGAAGUGGGCAGUGCUGCGAGGAUGCUGCCAACAACCGGCCUUACUCCGACGGUGGCACCGGUGGCAGCACCGGUGGCAGUACCCCCCAUAAAGCCGGUCCGUAAGGAUCUGCCGGCGCAGCACAUCGUGAGUAUAGCCAUUCCCAACAUCACCACGGCACUCGCCGCACCAUCCGUCAAGCAAUCCGUGUCCAAACCGAAAGAACCAUCACCACCAUUGUUCAGCACCCGCGACCGCCUGGACCAUUACGGAAGCGCUUCGAAUCCGGACCCGGCACCCUCAUCCCCGGCACCGACCAAGACACCGACGACCACGAGACUGACCAAGACGACGAUCACGACGCUGCAGCUGCCGGCGAUCAACGACCUCAGCAGCCGGCGCAGCAUCACCGACCUGCGGGGCGUGACCGGGAACGGAUCAUCCCCGGCGACGUUCGAAGUGUCCGAAUUUACGGACCGAGCCGAGCUGAGGCAACUAGCGAACCAGCGCCAUCACCACGCCCCGGUCCGCCACACUCUGGCCAGCGCGUUCGAGCAGCUGGCCGUCCUGUCGGUCCCGCAGGCAAAGCUCGACGACGAGCUGGAGGAGCGCAUCGAAGCCAUGCCGCCCGAUCGGAAGCUCAAGAAGCGAGACUUCACCUACCACCCGUCGUUCGUGCCGAAGCAACCCGCCUCCAGUUCGUCCGCCGAAAAGCGUGCCCACGACGAGGACGAACGGCACCGACGGGAGGACGAAAAGCGCCGCCGGGAGGAUGAACGACGGGUCCGCGAUGAAGAGGAUCGCGCCCGCAAGGACGCCGAACGCCAGCGGAAGGAAGACGAACGGCGGGCGCGCGACGAGGAGAAGCGUAAAGAGCGCGAGGAAAAGAAACGACUGAAAGAUGAAAAGAAAAAACAGAAGUUGGCCGGGAAAGCUGGCCCUGCGGUCCCGUUGCCCGAAGCCGUGGAGCUGCCGGGAGCGCCCGCCGAGGAGAUGAUGGGCCUGGCGAGUCACCUCGAUCACUACAGCGUGGCCACGAUGCAGCAGACUCAGCAGCAGCAACGCAGCGUCUCCCUCGGGCGUCCGCGGGCCUCAGAAACGCCUCACGGAAGCCACGGGGCACUGGCACCAGGGCGGGGCCUUCUUUCGAGCAGCUACCAAAGUCUGGACCGAGCCAGUGCCACUUCCGGCCAGCGGCAAUCGAAGUUACUUCAACGCUACGGACCGAAGGCUGGAUCGCAGGAGGCUCUGGGGAGUGCUGCGGUGGUCCCCCGAGAGUUGCACCGGAGCCAGGGCAGUCUGGACCACCGGAAGCCAGCCCGGGCGUCCCUGCUGGACAAGUACACACCCCGACCGCUAAGCGCGUCGACCGCCGCGCCUCAGCCUCGAUCCGCGAGCCAACGUAGCUUGGAGCGAUCCUCGCUGCUGCAGCGCUACAAACCGGCCGCCACUCCGCGGCACGAUCCGUACGAGCAUCGUGAUCACGAGUACGAGCCCAUCGGAGACCCGGUUGACGCUGCGGUUCCGCCAGCCAAACCAUCGCGACUACUACCCGAUGCCGAGUCUUCGGCCACCGCCACCGGACAGGAGCGGAAACUCUCGAACGCCUCGUUCCUACGCGUCCCGGCCGACGACGGCGAUACGAUCAGCAUGGAGGAGCUCCAGCGGUCGAUCGAGGAUCGAUACUUUAACCUACCGUCCCCGCCAGCGACGGGCACGGCUACAACCGGAACCGCCAGUGCCGGUCCGACGGAAGAAGGCGCUGCUGCCGGUGAGCAAUCGGCCGAGGCUGAGCCGAGGUCACCGGGCAAAGUGAAGGCGGCCAUGGCGAAAGCCCAAAGCAGUGGCCGGCAGGCGAUGGCAAAGGCCCAGACCAGUGGCCGACAGGCGAUGGCCAAAGCGCAGGAGGGCGGCAAAAACCUGCAGAAGAAGCUGCUCCAGCAGACCGAUCGGUUCAAGACGAAGAUGUCCCACAUGAAGGCGAAGAAACCGGGCGAAGUGGAGGUACAGGACGUGGCCGCGCCACUGGCUAGCCCGGAGGCCGUCACCACGCCGGAGCUGGAGCAGCUCGACUUUACGCUCGCCACACCACAGGACGACGAAGAAGAACCGAAGCCGGAAGCCUCCGAUCCCACGAAGCCGGGCCACAAGUUUGCCAACCGCAUGAAGAACAUGCACAUGCCCAAGCUGCAGCGGCCCGACUUCAAGCGGCCCGAGUUCACGAAGAAGCUGCCGAAGCUGCGCGGUCCGGACAUUAGCAUGCCCAAGUUCAAGCGCCCCGAGAUGCCCAAGUUCCUCACCGAGCGGCCCGACUUUGGCAAGAUGUCGGACCGGAUGAAGUUGACGCGCAGUCGGUCGAUGAAGGAGACGGCGCCGGAUAGCCGUGCCAGUGCGGCCUCACCAUCCGACGUGUCGACGAUCGGACCGCAGGACGAUCCUGUGGACCUGCGGACGACGAAGGUCAACUACACUGACUUCCGCACGUACCCGCGGCUGUUCGACAAGCUCAAGAAGAAGGCACCGGCCCCAAGCGGGCAGACCAGUGUCCGGGCAGGCACGCCACCACCGCUCGAGUUUACCAAGGCGUCCGCGAAAACGACGCCCCAAGUCACGGCCCGCUGGACAUCCGACAAGUCGUCGGAAGACGCCACGGGAAGCAACAGGUUCCUGGCGGGCAGCGAGCUGGACGAACGUGAGACGUCCGUCGAGCGGCGGAUGCGCCAGGAGUUGGAGCGGGCCGAGUUCGAGGGCCCCGAGCUGGCCGUCACCGCCGAGCAGCGGCAGCUGGAGGAGUACGAUAAGGAGAACCGUGCGAUCCACCAGGUGUCGGCGGCCCGGCACGAUGAGUUCUUGCGCCGCAAACCACCGAUGGAACGCCAGGAGUCGGAUCUGGCUUCGGAGGAGGAGAAACAGUUCUGGGCGAGCUCGCUGGGGCAGAAAAUCCGCCAGAACAUUGACAUGAACAGCAACGAUCUGGACUUUCUGGAUGAGGAGGAACGCCUGCUUGUGACGCGCGAGAACCGGGAAGCGGAAGUGGACCGGGAGGCGCGCGAGCAGGCUCAGUACCUGCUCGAGCUAAGCCGGCAGCGGGAGGCAGCGGAAGCGGGUCGCUUGGACGAGCGGCGCUCUUCGACCCCGUACACCAACCAGGAAUGCCAGUCGUCCGGUAGCUCGGGCGUACGACGCCGGAAGGGCGUGCUGGAGGAGAUUGACGACGACGAGUUCUUCCUGCGCCAGAAGGGCAUCUCGAAGGACAACAUCCAGAUGGGCGAGUACAUUAGCAGCGCCAUCAAGGAGGGCCUUAGCCAGCAGCCGAAGAAUGCGUUGGCCGACCUGGACCGCUACGACCGCUACUACGACGACGACGAAAGGGAAGGGGGGCUGCGGCGCUACUAUCAACCCAGCUUCGAGUCGGAUGACGUGUCGAGCCGACAGGAAGACCUUCCCUCGAGCUACGGGCGAACGUUCCCUCCCGAUCGACCGAACCGGCGGGCCAAGAAGGGUGGCCAGAUGUACGGCGACGAGUACGGGGACGAGGAGGGCGACGAGGACUUGUCGUUCUACGAUCGUCCGCGCCGCUCGAAUCGCUACGGCAGUGAACAGCCGGAGCUCCUGCGGACGGCCCGCUACAUGGACGAAGACUUGGAGUUCGAGGACGACCAGCUGGCGGCGGGCUCCGUGGUGCCGCCGACUCCGCCGACGCGCCGCCGCAAGAAGCGCUUCCGUGAUGUGACACCCUCCGACGUCGACCUAGAGGUGGUGCAGGCCACCUCCAAUCACUUCAUCACCGCCGGCUCGCUCCCCACGCGCGUCGCGACGUACCGUGCGGCGGAGGAAGUUCCGUUGGCACGGGAGGAGAGUUUCGGCACCAUACCGACGUCCGCGACACCGAGCCGGGAACGGUUGCGGUCCCAGCUGGACGCGAAGGGGCUGCGCGAUGACAACGAUGACGGUGCGGACCGAGUGUCGCGGGGGGCCGAGUCGCUGAUCGGGGGCAUCAUCGAUGCCGCGCCCGGCGCAAGAGGAGCGUACCCGUACGAAGUUUCCGAAAACAACGGCUAUGCCAUCGUACGCAAGGAAGCUCCACCGCGGCCACCGGCUCCGAUGCGCCGCCGCAAGUCGACCCGCUCGCUCGACGCCCCACCAAGCGCACCGGUGCGCCAGUUCCACACGCUGCCCAGUUACUCGGUGUCGCCGGUGCGCCCGCAGCGCAACUACAGCACGAUCAGCCCGAACCGACCGCCGCGCCGGAAGUCCGUCUCGAGUCUCACCGGUAGCCAGCAGCAGCUGGGGAAGUCCACGCUCGGCGAAGUGGCACCGUACGAGGAUGUGCUGGACGCAGGUCCGACACAGGCACCAGCUCCACCACGACCACCGCCACCGGCGACCAAGCUGAAAUCGGGUGACGUGGUCAACCGGAUGAAGGACCGUCCACUGCCGGCACCGCCUCGUCCAACGAGGAAAACGCGUCGCCCCGACGGUACGUUCGACCACCACCAAGACUUGGACGGUGGAGCGGAACGCAUGGUGUCCGCGGGCGAAGUGGAAACGGCCACCCAAACCGACCCGCUGUCGGACGACUUUGGGCUGGACGCGGAAAUAGCGGCCGUGACGGCCGCCGCCAGUCGGGCCACCGACACGGAGGUGCUCGAGGGAGCCCUGAGUCGGUUCCGCGACGGUAACGCCCGGGCGCUAUCCGACCGGCCCAAGUCGUCCCGCUCCGGAAGCCGCCCGGAGACACCCGCGUCGAUCCUAAUCGAACGCAAGGUGUCGACGCCUUCGCUGACGCACGAGUCCGUCGUCGAGGCGUCACUCACGGUGCAGCCGCUCGAUGGCGAGUUCGAUGACGACCAAUACAUUGCGGAGCUGGUCAAAAAGUACGUCUCGGACGAGGCCCGCAAACCGGAGCCCCGCAAAACCGAGCGAAGCGAUCGCUUCCGCAAGAGCACCAGCAGUCUGGGGCGCUCCGAGGAUCCAAUCGAUCCGGUCGCUGUGGGUGGUAGUUCCGCCCUGCGUCCAGCCUCGCUCCGGUCGACGAGCCGCAGCUCGGUCGACGGGCGACUCUUGGCGAUCACACCGGAGCCUCUGCGCAACGUGGAGAUCUCGCCGACCGUCAUCGAGGAGAUCGUGGAACGGUUGCGGACCACCGAGCAGCUCCAUAUCGACGAGUUACACCGGCUGCACCAGCAGCAGCUCGAGGACCUGCGCCGGCAGCACGAGGACCAGAAGCGCCAGCAGGAGCAACGGCUCGAGCAGCAACAGCGCCAGCUGCUGGACCAGCAAAGCCAGCAGCUGAACGAAACGCAAAAGCUAAAGGAACAGAUCGUCCAGCAGCAGAACCAACAACAGUUGCUGCUGACCCAGCAACAGAACCAACAGCAACUGUUGCUGGUCGCCCAGCAGCAACAGCAGCUACUGAUGGAGCAGCAGGACAAGGAGCGCGAGUUGCAGCGCGAAAAGGAGCGCGAGCUGCUGCGGGAACGCGAGCUGGAGCUAGAGCGGGCCCGGGAGCGGGAACGGGAGCUGCACCUCGCACGGGAAGCGGAACUGCAGCGGGCCCGCGAAGUGGAACAGCAGCGGCUGCGCGACCUGGAGCUGCAGCGUGCGAUCGAGGCGGAAAAAGUCCGCCAGGAUCGGGGCCUGCGUGAGCUCGAGCUGCAGCGGGCCAUCGAGGCGGAACAGGCCCGUCACCGGGAGGCAGCCCAAGCCCAAGCAGCCCAUGAAGCUGCGGUUGCCAGGGAACAAGCAGGAGCAGCAGCCCAUGAAUCGCAGGUUGCCAAGGAAACGGCGCCCACAGCAAGCGAACCCCCGACAGAGGGCGCCACCGUGGAUGUGGUCGAUGGAGCUACCGUCCCCGUGGUUACCCCGCAGGAACAGCCACCGGUGCCCGUGCGUCCGCCACUACCACUGCCACCCUUCGCCUACCAUCCGGACUACCUGGCGUACGGUGUUUCACCGUCUGCGGCCGCCGCAGCUGCCGCUGCCGCUUCGUCCUACCUCAUGCGAGCCAAUGCACCGCCGUCGGAGGAGGACGGUAUGGCUCCGCUGGCACCGCAGCGCCGCCGCCGGCAUCAUCGCUCGCGGCGCGAGUCCACCUCGGAGGAGGACCAGCAGCUCCACCGGGAGCGGGAGCGCCGUCAGCACCGGCACGCAACCCGCUCACCCGAACCCUCGAUCCAGUCGCUCGGCGGCCAGCUGAUGCGGGCGUGCGGGACGUCCCUGCGUCAGACCGGCGACGACCUGAUGUCGAUGCUGCGGGCCAGCAGCAAGGACGAGAACAAGCGCGAUCUGCACAUUGCCAUCAUCGUCCUGAUCGUGAUCGUGGCCGGCCUGAUGGCGCUCGGUAUGAGCGGCGAGAAGGCGGUCCACCACCACCACUGGGACUACUUCAGCCCACCCGGGCACGGUAGCAGCGCUUAGGGCUCGGGUUCCCAUUUUCGUUUUGUUUUGUUUUGUUUGUUGAAGCACUGCAUUUCACACGAUCGCAUCGCACUCACACACACACACACGCAACAGAUUUGAUCUUUACUCUAGUAGCACCGUGCACCGUGCGAUUGUCAUUAGGAGUUCUUAGUCUCGUUCAUACCCACCACCCAGUGUUGGAUCGUUGGGUGGUGAUCUUUCGACAGCUACGAUACCAAAUAGGACUCCAGCCCCAGCAGCCUCCAGCCCGGUGGUGUGGGUUCCGUUCCGUUUUCGUCCCCCCAAGUUUUGCCUUUGCGUUCCCGGAGUGACCGGAAACGGUCGAGAGUUUGUGUCUAGUCAUGUCAUGUAGCCAGUUAGCACCACUGUUAUCGUGCGCGCCAAGUUAGGUGUUAGUGUGUUUACGUUCACGUUGGUCCCGCCGUCUGCCCUCCCGAUCAUCCGCCCUACGCCAUUCUUCGCCUUUGGUUUUUGAUUUUAAUCUUUGUUUUGCGUUAACCUCCCCCACCUCUUAUUUAUUGGCCGUCCUUUUUCGAAGGGGAACUCGGUCGGCCGAACGCGCCACCGUCAGAGCGUGUUCGGGAAGCCGAAGCGAAGGGAACUAGUUUUAAACAUAAAUAGUUGCAUUCUUACCAAUGAUUCAUUGACGAUGAAAUACAGAACGAUAAUUGUUA